AUGGAUUGCCUUCAACCGCCUCCAUAUAUCUACAGAAUAAUCACUCAACCAAUUGCUGUUAUCAGCUUUCCAACCUAUUUGACUGUUUUCUUGGCUUUAACAUUCCUGAAGUCCGAUGUUAGCCGAAAAUACCAAUUAUUUCUUAUAUGGAAUGUUAUUGAAAACUUUGCACUUGACGUGUACCUUAUAUUUUUCUUGGUGCCAGCCGUUCAUUCUCCUUAUAUUUUGUUCAGAGGGACUGGACUUUUGUCACACCUUGGGUUUAGUGGAACAAUUCAAUUUUUGAUUACUUGUUUGAUUGUAAAUAUCCAUACUCUCUACAUGACUGAAAUCUUUUACUAUCGCUACCAAUCUUGUAUUUUCAACUACAAAACUCAUAAAUUCAGUUAUUUCGUGAAAUCGUAUGUUUAUUUGAUACGAACCUUAAUAAUUACCACUUCAAUAUUCCACUUUGCAACUUAUCAAGAUGCAACUAAAAUUGAAGCUCAUAACAAACUAAAUGCUUUAAAACAAAACAAAACAGAUCAAUUUUUGAAUUGUUCAUCCUCGUUUUUGCUCAUCCCAUUUACUGAUUACGUAUCCACAUUUGUCCUAGGUGCUUGGAUAUUUAUAACAGUUAUUCUAACAUUCUCACUACCAAUCACCGCUUUAUACAUCAAUAUCAGUAUACCACGAUCCACAUCUCACGUUAAUUGGAAAAUCCAAAAGCAAUUAUUGAAGCGUUUGGUUAUACAAUUCGCAGUACAUGAGAUUUUAAUGGGAAUACCACAUUGUAUGUUCAUUUACGCAGUUCUAUUUGGUUAUCAAAGUGAAACGCUAGCUUACAGCGGAUUCGUCUCUUUUUCCUAUCACGGAAUCGCCUCAACGCUUUCAAUCAUUUUUUUGACUAAACCACUGAGAAACUAUAUUCUAACAAAUUUGAGAUUAGAAAGAACUCCUAUUGUAAAAAUCACAAACAACAAAUGCCACUUCCCGAUUAGUUCUGUAAUGCAUAAUUGA